AUGUAUCCUUCAAUUUCCAGUGAGUUCCAAAAGGAGCCAUCACAUCCAACAUCAUCUGCACCACCACAGCCACAUUUUUUCAAUUUUGAAGACGCCGUGGCCACUGGAAUCCCAGUCCCUUUAGCGAAUCAAAAUAAUCCUGAUCCAAGUCCUCCUCUCCCGCUCAACAGUGCCAGCCAUUCUCUUUCUUCAGGGCCUUGGUCCACUAGUCUCUGUGGUUGUUUUAGCGAUCUUAAUAGCUGUUGCUUAACUUGCUGGUGUCCAUGUGUUGCAUUUGGACGAAUUGCAGAAAUUGUUGACAGAGGAUCAACUUCAUGUGGGAUGAGUGGAACCCUCUAUACAUUAAUACUAUGUUUGACUGGGUGCUCUUGUUUGUACUCGUGCUUUUAUCGAUCUAAGUUGAGAGGGCAGUUUUUCUUGGAGGAAAGCCCAUGCACAGAUUGUUGUGUCCAUUGUUUUUGCGAGGAAUGUGCUUUGUGUCAAGAGUAUAGAGAGCUCAAGAACCGCGGCUUCGACUUGUCUAUUGGAUGGCAUGGGAACAUGGAAAGGCAGAAAAGAUUAGCUGCCACUGCUCCUCCAACUGAAGAAAGGAUGAUGAGAUAG